UUACGCUGAGAUUAGCAUUGCAGAACGUUACUUUAGAGAGAUGGGAUCAGGUUGUUAAAUUUGAAAUAAUAAGAUGCUAUUCAGCAUCAGCAACAAAACAACUUUAAUGAAAUCGUUGUCGUGCCCUCAGUCAUGUGGGGCAAUGCUUCACAUCCAGCUAAUCCUGGAUGUUGGAUAUUUUUAGUACAGUAUUAACACAGGUCAUUGUUGGUAUAGGAGAUUGUUUUGUGUCUGCUGCAUGAAAUCUCACUUUAAAUGACAUGGGGAAGAAGCAAGUGUGUCCGCCGCGGGUUCUCCCCCCAGUGCCAAGUGGAAACCAAGAUGAAAUUCCUCUUGGUCGCCAAAAAAAGAAAAAGGCCAAGGGGAAAAGCUCACUAGAGCAUCUCGGUCACUUGGAACUAGACAAUGGUGUUGUUCAAGAAGCUGUCCGCCCGCCAUCUGAAGGCAGUGAGCCCCUGACAUCUGAAGCCCAGGAUGUGCCACCUCAGAGGAAACGGAAGAAAAAGAAGGUGCCUACAGAAUCCGAGACAUCUUUCAUGGAACAGAACGGAAAUGGCGUGGACCCUCCACCGGCUGAAGAAACAGUGACUCGUAAACAACGGAAAAGAGUAAAGAAAACUCGACCCGCUGAAAGUGCCAAUGAAUUGGGUGUGGAGGAAGAAGAUAUAAUUGAAGAUGAGCAAGUAAAAAGCUCAGAGCAGCAUCCCGUUUUUUCUGUGUUUUCUGUUCCAGUUGGUGUUAGCCAGCCUAUUAGCAAGGUGUUCGUUGAAAAAAAUCGGCGUUUCCAGGCAGCUGACCGCAAAGAUUUAAUUAAAACCACUGAAAACUUUGAUGUAUUCAUGGAGAUGAAGGCUUCUUGGACAACCAAGGAUGUGGCACUCUCCGUCCAUCGUGGUUUUAGGGUGAUUGGACUAUUUACUCACGGCUUCCUUGCUGGCUAUGCUGUCUGGAACAUCAUAGUGAUUUAUGUUCUGGCAGGAAACCAGCUGUCGACUGUCUCCAACUUGCUGCAGCAAUACAAGACGUUGGCUUAUCCUGCUCAGUGUCUCCUUUACCUUCUGCUCACAAUUAGCACAGUUUCAGCUUUUGACAGGAUUGACUUGGCGAAAGCAUCAGUAGCUGUACGAGGCUUCCUUACCUUGGACCCAGCAGCAAUUGCCUCUUUCAUGUACUUUGCUGCUCUCAUCUUGUCUCUGAGCCAGCAAAUGACGAGUGACAGAAUUCACCUGUACACACCACCUUCGGAGAAUGGUAGCCUCUGGACCUCGGGUGCAGAGGAACAAAUUCUUCAGCCCUGGAUUGUGGUGAAUCUUGUGAUAGCUCUUCUCGUUGGGAUCUCCUGGCUCUUCUUAUCCUACCGGCCCCAGUUAGAUCACAGUGAAGAACUGAUGUUUAAUGCUGAAGUAGAAGAAUAUCCCCCACCAGAUAAAGAAGCCAAAGUGUCUUCAUAGCACAGAGACCCUCUUCAAAUACAAUUGCUAUGAUGGCUUAGUAUUAUCUAUUUGUAUUUCUGUUUAAUACUUUUUAUAUUUAAAAUGUAUUUUUGCAUUGUAUAGGGUUGUGGGUUUUUUGCAUAACUUAUAAUUAUGUUUAUUUUAAAAUGUCAAUAGUUUUUUAAAUGGUAGGACAGUGUCAAAGUUUACUUUUUUCUUAGGAAUAUUCUAAAAUUACUCUAUAAAUAUCUAGUUUUGCUAAUGCAAGGAGACACAUGGAACAGGAAACUUAAAAGAAUAAAAGAAUUUCUUUGUAGCACAUUUCUUCCCUUUUAAUAAUCUGCAAUUUGGUAGCCAUAUUUUCACAGAAUUGAGAGCACAUUGACAUUCAAAAUAUUACAACAAUUUUAGUGCCAAUUUGUCUUUAAAGAAUUAAAUCAGGAAUUAAAAUGCAUAUUUAAAUCAUUAGUUUCAGCAGCAUAAAUAACUCAUUGAAAAGUUUGCAAAAUGUCUUUACAAAUUUGUGCUGCUCCAUAGUCACAGCUGCCGGCACUCGUAAACCAUGUUUGUAUUGUACUGCUUAAUUUAUAAAUCUAGCUGAACAAGUAUAUAAAUUUGUUUACCAGUUGUUACUGAGUUGCAUUACUUGGAAGUAAUUAUAGAUUUCAGAAGUUCAUUGUUUCAUAUCAUGACCAAUUCCAGUUAAAUGUGUACUCCCAAUUUAAUUUGUUGGGUUGGGUAGGUUCCCUUAUGAUAUAAUGUACUUACACGAAUGUUUCAUACAAAUGAAGAACUAAUAACUUGUAUUUCAAAUGUAGUUGGAAGUGUAAGCAGAAAUAGAGACUCUGCCAAUUCUUAAGCCUCCCUCAUGAUAUCAGUGAUUUUGAAACUCCAAAUUGGUUUUUAAAAUAAGUGUUCUCUAAGUCUACCUCUUGUACAACAUUGUAAAAUUUAAACAUUUGUGCAAAUAAAAAAAUCAGCUCUUUUAAUUGAUGUGCCUCAUGUUUGGAAGAAUGUAGUUGAGAUUUGUUUAGGUUUUUUAAUCAAGUAUUUUCAUUAUAAAGAUAUAAUGGAACCCCCCUAGAGAAAUGA